CAGUGCUCAGUCAGUUGUCUCGCGUCGUUGAUGCCGGUCGACGCCCCGGCUCUCUUAUUUCCAUAUCUGCAUAUACCUCGGCAUAGUUGAAUAAAAGUGUUAGUACAGUGUCAUCACAUCAUAUUGUUGAUUUUAUGUGAACGUUUCUGUGGAUAGUGAAAGAAAAUUGUAUUAUUUCAACACACCGUGUUUAUUUUACUACGUUUGGAACUUAGUUACGCACCGGUUCAAGGUCAAAAAAGUUCCUGUAACGCCGUCCAUUGCGGCUUUAAUUUAAACAAAUGAUCAAGAUGUGUUUAUGAGUGUGGUAGUGUUGGGGAGGCGAGAUGGGGCGGGCGCGGUACAUCGCGUGUGCUCUGCUCAUGCUGUGUCCUCUCGCGCUCACAAGGCACGAUGACGACUUCGCAUUCGACAACAGCGAAGAGUUUCUGGUUGAAUUAACAGCAAACCAUUCUGAAAUCGCAAAAAAUGGCCUAAGAAGGUUAUGGGGCGUGCCCGACACAUCGGCCUAUGUGGGACAUCUGUUCCGAAUGGAAAUCCCAAAGGAAGCAUUUUCGGGAAAAGUAGUAGCGUAUAAGGUACGAAGCGAAGAUGGUCGACGCAUGCCUAGUUGGCUGGCCGUGGACUCGAGGCACGGUCUGAUCAGCGGCGUGCCCCAAAAGCAGGACUUAGGCACGCACACGUUCACCGUCACCGCGCACGGAAACACGCGCGGUCUCACCGCCACCGACUCCUUUACUAUCGAGGUGAAGAAAGCUCAAGACAGGCCUCACUCGAAGUAUGGGUCGUGCGUGGGCGAGGAGAGCCGGCUGGUGCUGGUCAUCAUGGUCGACGGCUCCUUCCACAAGGUGGCGCCCCGGCAGAGGAUACGAGCGCUCAUGCAGCUCGCCAGCUUCAUGGCGCUUGAUGGGGAUGAGUUCUGGAUGGAGCCGUACAAGGCUGAAGCUCACGCAGACACCAUCAUGAGUGGAACCGGUUCCUCUCAACGCCGGCUCGGAGACGCCACCACUGCCAUCUAUCUUAAUGUGGGUUGCGGCCAGAAGCUAUGGAAUCACCACAAAGUGUUAGUAGCGGGCCUGCGGGAACAGGCUCGGGACGGCACUCUGGCGCAUGUACUGAGGCUGCCCGUCAUUGGCUGGAGGCUGCAGUCCAUUCAGCCGACACCCAGGAUUAAGAGACAGCUGGAGGGUUCAGGCGGCGGUAUCUACGACGCGGAAUACGACGGCGAGGACGACGACGCGGACGCCGACGCCGACUACAGCGGCUACGACGACAACGACGACGAGGACGGAUACGCCAACAACGACGUCGGCAUCACCAACCUGGUGGCCCCCCCUCCCCCCGCCCCCUCCCCCGGGCCGCACCCGCACCGCCACCACCACGGGGAGCUCCCCCCGGCCCCCGGCGCGCCACACACAAGCACCGACACGUUUCAGACCGAGAGCGCCGCUCCGCUGCCGACCCCUGCCACACUGCCCCCUCUCUCCCCCCUUCCCCCAUCACCACCCCCGUCCCCCUCCCCAGCCCCUACUACAAAUCCCCCUACACUUCCCCCAACGAGUGCCCUACCAAGUACCACAGAGGAAGCCCGCGAGGAAACCACUCCUGAGCCCACAACUAAUUCGUAUACCACAGAGCACAAUGAAGUGGGGAUCACCGCACUGUCAGCUUCACCUUCGGAGACAAGCAACGUUAACAUGUCAGUCGCACCAACACUCCCUAUAAGCCCUCGACGAUUCGACACCUUAGCUCCAGUCGUCGUCCAAGAAACCACCACCCUAGAACCUGAAUUGCAAACGGUAAUAAUACGUGAGUCGAACGAACUACCCCCGAUGUCGUCAUCAACGGAAAGGGAUAUUGUGACGUCACCAUCGCCGUCGCCGUCUCCAUUGCCUGAGUUACCUUCGCCGACUACGCCGUACUUUGAACCGACUACUACGCCGAGGCCGACGACUACACCUUCGACUACCCCGACUACUCCGACUACCACAAGUCCGGCGCCUACGACUACUUCAUCAACGACGACGACGAUGGCACCACCACCGCCACCACCUCCAACCACGACGCAAGCUCCGGAGACGACUGUACAGGAGGUUACCAAACAGGAAACGAACCCGACAGAGGGUAGAAGUACAAUAAUCGGUCAGACCACAGAGACAGUGACAUGGGCGAUGCCCGUCAACCAGCCGCCCACGCUCAAACACCACAUGAAGAAACUCGCCAUCACCGCCGGCAAGGCUUUCAGGUACAUAAUCCCAGCGGACCUGUUCACGGACCCGGAGGAGGGCAGCAACCUGACGUUCACGAUGUACGAGGCAGAGAACGUGCCGCUCAGCAACAACUCCUGGAUACAGUUCAUACCCGCCGCCAGAGAAGUUUAUGGAUUACCGUUAGAAGCCCACGUAUCUCGCUGGAACUUCAUAGUAGAAGCUCAGGACAGCGAAGGACUGGUAGCUCGCGGGCCCCUGGACAUCACCGUACAGCAACACAAGAGUGGCCGCACCAUCAAUCACCAGUUCAUACUAGAGUUCAAACUUCUCAAGGAGUACAACAAUGCUAUUGACUGGCAGAUCAGAGCCCUAGAAGGCAUUGUUAACCUGUUCAGGGACACUGACAUGGAUCAUUUGACUGUACUCAAUACUACGCAAAAUGGUGAUUUGUGUGAGUUCGUGUGGACUAAUGAUACACUGCCUAAGGAUCCUGCCUGCCCUAUGGAUGAUAUUAAUAGGUUGAUGAAGAUAAUGGAGUCGCCCACGGAGGCGGGUAAUCCGUCGGCGGGUCUGGCGCGCGCCAUGCAGCCGGAGCUGAAGGUGGGCGGCGUGCGCUGGCGCGGCGCGGGGCCGUGCGCGCGCGCCGCGCCCGCCACGCGCGCCCCCGACACAUACCCGCCCGUCACACGGAACCAGGUCGACCAUCUCACCGCCACCGUCGGACAUCUGCUCGUCUAUAAAGUGCCCGAGGACACAUUCUUUGAUCCCGAAGACGGCGACACCCGCAGCCUGUCCCUCUCCCUCCGGUACAGCGACCGCACCGAGCUGCCCGCCGGCCACUGGCUGCAGUUCGAUGCCAAGAACCAGGAGUUCUACGGACUACCCGCACCUAGUGACGAGGCCAGCGUGUCGUAUCAACUGAUUGCAGAAGACUCAAGCAAGAAGAGCGCUUACGACAGUUUGAUAGUAGAAGUAGUGAAGGCGCCGACCAUCAGGCCGACGGUGGAGUUCCAAAUGACCAUGGAGUAUCCGUUCCCCAUGCUGGCGUACGAUGCCAACAACAAGCGCAAAGUGGUUGAGAAGUUGGCCGCCCUGUUCGGACAGAAGGAGACUGACAACAUCAGGAUACAGAGCAUCACCAAUAAUCCUACUACUAUCAUUUGGUACAACACAAGUCUACCAAUGGACCGAUGCCCUAAAAAGGAGAUCGAAGAGUUACGCAAAAUGAUCAUAGUUGACGAGAGAGGCUCAAUGGGGGGCGCGCUCAAAGAAAACGUCGAUCAUGUCUUCGAUAAGGACUUUAAGGUCAUGUCCAUAAGGCUCAUACCUCUCGGGCUAUGUGCUGAACAAAACACGAAGAUACCUAAGACUUCAGUACACGUGCAUGGGUCAGGGUCACCCAACUUGCAGAAUAAUAAGGCUAGCAACGCUGCCGACCCGAAUUACUUGGUGACAUUCAUCAUACCGGCCAUUGUGAUAGUGUGCAUGAUUCUGUUGGCGGCCAUCAUCGCCUGCGUGCUGUAUAGGCGGCGGAGGACAGGUAAAAUGAGCGUGGGAGACGAAGAAGAGAGGCAGGCGUUCCGGUCGAAGGGGAUCCCGGUGAUAUUCCAGGACGAGCUGGAGGAGCGAGGCGAGGCCGAGGCGGCGCACAAGAGCCCCGUCAUCAUGCGCGACGAGAAGCCCCCGCUGCUGCCGCCGGCGCCCGACUACCGCGCCUCGGACGACGCGCCCUACCGCCCUCCGCCCCCCUUCGCGGCGGCACGCACACCACAACCCGCGCGCCCUAAGGCCACCCCCACCUACAGAAAACCACCCCCUUACGUACCCCCCUAAAUCCACUCACAACGCCCCCCUCCCAUGUCUGCCAUCUAACUUCGAUCUUACAUAAUGACAAGUUGAUGACAUAACCAGGGGCGUAUCAAUCCCGUCAAUAUAGUGAACUAAUUAUUUACGAAAUACUUUCGAUUUAUUAAAAUACUGCGAUAUCGUUUAACUAGUCGACGCGAGCACCGGCAGUUAUUUUCUACGAUUUAUUUAUUUCUAACUUGCGCGCUGUCAUAUAUUAAAUACUUAGACAGCAUGUACGCACUUCUAAUGAGAUGCAUUUAUAAAUUAGUUAGGGGAGUAACCCGUUGUCGACGAAUUAAGGAAUUGUGCACAGUUUAAUGUGACUACGAAUUUCUUAUAAUGUAAGCACGUCACGGCAGACACUCGUUCCUAACGGUUUGGGUAGCGUGACGUCAUUUUUCAAUUAUAUUAUAAAACUGGAGACUUCACAAUAAAAUAAAGUACCUAGCGUUAUUGUUGAAGUAGAUGAUGUUACAUUAGCUCUUAGAAUAAGGCCGAAGUUCAAUCGAAUGCGUGAAUGGUUUCGUAUUAAACUUUAAAUCGUUUACAAAUGGCAGUUGAGAGAGAUUUAUGUUAACUAACUACACGAAUAUUACUAAACUAUGUGAACUGAAUUAAUAAUUAUAAUGUUCGUGGAAAUAUAUCAAAGUUUCAAGUUGACAUAUUGUCAAUUACCUAAACUAAACUACACUUAAUUUAUUUGCUAAUGUACCAAAACAACAGUAAUUAAAUUGUUUGGCUAAAAAUGUGCCAUUGUUUCACAGUUGUUAUUUAAUGUAAUUUAAAAUAAAACAUAUCGAAAGUGUAACAUUUUAGCCUUUAGCGUAGAUCUUCCAUACACGUUAUAUUUAUAGGUAGUGCGUGUGUGUGUGAAGUACAUAUGAGGUUACUGUUGAGGAAGGCGAUGACGUCACCGUCGGACCGCCAUUUUAACGAAUCGCUGUUUAUAUUGCAUGAAUCGAUCAUGAUUAGCUGGUGUGUUAACUAAGAAUUACAAUUAACGUAAUAUUGUAAUGAAUAUACAACUGACUCUAGUUAUAGGCUACGAAUAGAUAUUUUUAAGGAUGGAAUAUCAUUUUGUACUUGUCUAAUAUUACCAUAGUUGUAAGGUUAACAAAUUGUGUAAACUUAGGGACUUGAACGAAAUGAGCUAUAAUGAUAACUUUUCCUUUGGAUGUAUUUUUUUCUACUGUAUACUCAUUUAGAGUUUUGCAUUUAUAGAUCUUUUUAGUGUUAUUAAAUAUACAAUUUUAUAGGCCAGCCACAUUCAGGUUUUCAUUUGUAUUUACUUUGUCUCAAGUUUUGUAAUAGGAGUACUUAAAUGUCCACGUAAGGCCGUACCAUUUCAUUGAUUCUUUCAAUUUAUCAAUACCCGCUUACUCUUCAUUUUCUUUAAAUCAUUCUAAUUAUAAACGCACAUAAUUUAUGUAAUUAAUGAGCUUUUUAUUUUAAAUAAAUAAAAAUUGGUCUAGAA